GCGGGCGGACGAUUCUAGUGGCUCUCAGUCAGCUGCGGACGAUUCUAGUGGCCGCGAUUUGCUGGGGUUGAUGCCACUUGAUGGGUCGUUAUAGAAGCUGAAGUGCGAUUUUGUGGGCAAUCGGUUCGCUGGCGGGUUGGGAGGAGGAAAGGGGGUCGUCGACAUCAAGCAGAGGGGCCAAAUGACUGGAGCAGCAGCAGCAGCAGGAACAGCGGAAGAGAUGCUGGUGGCGAGUAGACCAAGUGUGGAGAUCUGCACAUAGACGGAAAGUAGGGUAGAUACACACGCGUUUGCUUGGAGAUUUCCCGAAAGGGAACUUAUCUUCUUUCCAUGAGAGAAAGCAGGGGAGGCCUAUGAUUGCCGAUCAAGACCGGCGGUCAGUUGGCUGAGAAUCUGCUUCUCAGCCGGUGGGUGAUAUCUGCACACACACACACACUCACAAAGAGAGAGAGAGAGAGAGAGAGAGAGAGAGAGAGAGAGAGAGAGAGAGAGAGAGAUGUUCUCGUGGCCAGUUGUGGUGGUGUGAUGUGGUUUGGCGUGCACAGCCUGAAGACAUGCCUGUCCGUGGUGGAGGAAUCUUGCGCUCGCGCCUCUGCCUUGCCCGCCGCAGAAGAGGCAGAGUUGGAACUUGAUUUUUUUUUUGUCAGACCUGCUGCACUGCGCUGUACUGUACCACAGCACUGACAGCAGCCUUGUAUAAGAAGGAUAUAAGAUUCGGUUAUCGCCGGUGUUCGGUGUGCGGUAGGGAAGGAUAACGUAGCGAGGCGGGCGGCAUCAGGAGGAAGGACUGGUUGGCAAUUUGGCGGCACUCAGUGUGACACUGCAUCAAUCUAGCCGCUCCGUGUGACACUGCAUCAAUCUCGCCGGUGUUUUGUGGUGGUCUGUUGUGCGCAAUGUGCGGCACAGACAUCUGAGCGGGAGAGGUAAAGGAGUCGGUGUAUGGUUUUGUUGUUCUGCAGUGCAGCCGCCGCUAUAUCGGUCGGGACUCGGACCUCGGAUGCCCGGCUUGCUCUGCACCAGCCGUCAUAUCGGUCGGGACUCCGGGUCGGGACCCAAUAAUCGCCGCCGCUCCUAGGCUCUUCAUAGUACCUCAGCCGCAGUUGGACGGCGUUCGAUCGUCGACCGUUGAUCAGGGACUCUGAUUGGACGAUCGAGCUUCUUGCUGCCAUCGCGCCUGGCUGACUUCUUCCUUCUUUUUUUUUUUUUUUUUUUUUUUUUUUUUCCCCUUCCCUUGCGUGUUUCCUGUUCUGCUUCCCCGUCUGUGCUUUCCCUCUCUCUGCCCAUCCGCACUUUGUGAGCGACGGCGGCGCGCUGCGCUUUCGCGAGCGCCGGCGCAUCUCCACUGACGAACUGGAUGUCUGCGGAAAGUGACCUGAUAUUUACAAAUCCCGACUCUCUCUUCUUCCACGAGCUCAGCAAUGGAACCGAAUUGUUGUCUAGAGGGGGCAGCAGCUCAGCCGUUGCUGAUUUCGACGCCGAGAUCCUUCAGACGGCGGCGGGAAUCGCGCCCUACAAUGGCAUCAGCAUUCCGGCUCUAUCAGGGAUGCUGUUGGAUAGCAUCCAGGGAGCCGACCUGAUGGCUUCGCUGGGAGAUGACGAUCAGUUGCUGGGGCCGCUCAGUCCACCGCCAGAGAUAAUGAACGAGGGGGGAUUCUCGCAGACGAGCUCGACGGGUCCGCUCGUUUCCGCCGUCGAUGAAGACAUCAAGCCGGGAACCGGCGUCUCUGCGAACCCGACCGGGUCCGCGAGUGUCGCGUCCAGCGCAGGAGUCGGAGACAUAAGUGUGGAAUCUCCGCUCUCACCGUUCAUCAAAGCGAAGAUGGGUGUAGGAAGCCCGCACAGCGCGGAGAAUGGGGCGGAACGAAUGCGGACGGGAUUUGGGAUAGGCGGCGGAGGCGGCGGGGAAGGGCGCGGUGACUUGCGAGCGCAGAGGAGGAUCGUGCAGAUGGACAGCCCAGCUGUGAAUGUGCGCGGGCAUCCGCUCUAUGUGAGCCAUUCCUUCGCAACCAGCCCCGGAAGCGGCGGUGCGCGAGCGGAGACGGCGCUCGUCAGCUCGCUGCAGGAUGUGUACAUGUCGAGGGCGGCUGAUGGUGGGAUAGAGUGCUUGCUAUCUCCUACGACAAGCGGGCGCGGAACGCGCGGCGGAGCCACCGCUGGCUCCGCGGGUAGGCCGCCGUCGUUCGUCGUCGGAGGGAUGUCCCACGGUGCAGGCGGAGCGGGGGGAUCUUCCCCCGCGUCUUCUCCGCCAGGGAGGGCCGCGAUCACGGCGUCGGAGAGGCUGAGCGAUCUCUCCCUCGAGCAACAACAGUUGCACCAACUGCAGCAGCAGCAGCAGCGAGCGGGAGGAGGAGGAGGAGGAGGAGGAGGAGCAUACGCGCGAUUAGGAGCUUUGGGGAUCAGUUGCGGGGUGACAGAAUCGAGGAGCGCAGGGAGAGCAGGAGGAGGAGGAGGUGGUAGUGUUGGGGGUCCCAUCGUGUUCGAGACGUCGAAGCUCAGGAUGCCAAGAGGGCCGACGGGAAUGCUCCAGAAAUCGGCGAGUUUUGCGGGCUUGAGCAACGGGACGACUACCACUCUGCGUAGGAUUGGUUCGGCGGCCCCCGUCGAUCUGCAAGCGAUCGUGUCGCCAGGGUCCGUAUCCGUCGAUUCAGCAGAGCGUCUGAGACCGGGAGAGUCGUCAUCGGCUUCCUUGCAGCACCAGCAACAUAAUGGAGGGGGAGGAGGAGGUCUGUCCUCUUUCUUCGGGGCGAACGGGUGCUGCGGUGCCGCUUAUGAUCUCGCGACAUCGAUGGGCAGGACGCCUGCGACGUUCGCGCGUGUGACUGCUACCGCCGCGGUGACUAUCGCCAGUGUGACAGGGGUGAAGCAGGAGGAGGUGGGCCAACAGGGAGGAGGGGAAGGGGGUAGAGUAGUAGAAGGAGAAGGUGAGGAGUGUGAUAUCAUGGUGGAAGGGGAGGGGAAUGACGCUGGGGGGGCGGCGGGGGGAGGGUUGACUAGAGCGGGGUCAUUCUCGACGAGCGUCACGCCGCCGUCGCCGUCCGCGAUGGCGGCGGCGGCGGCGGCGGCGGGGGGCGCGACCGGGUCGUCGUCGCCGACGACGUGCAGCGCAGCUCCCGCGCAUUCUUUGGGAAGUGUCAGUUGCGCGCCGAUGGAGGAAAUGAAAGAGAGGUUGGACGAUGGAGGAUUCGUGUCGUCGUCGUCGGGAUCUGGCGCGCUAGAUUCGAAGUCGUCAGCGCUAUCUGGGGCUCAGCGCAGUCCAGCGGACAAGUCUCCCGGGCGACUGGUGGUCAUGCAGCAGCCGGGGGGCAGUUUCGCUGCGCGGGGCAAUCCGACGAACCACGUGCGCGGCGACGAAUCCUCCCUGCUGUCGUCCGCCGGCACCAGCGGAGGAAUCGACUCCGGGGGAGAUUGCUUACGUCCGCUUCGUCUUACGCAGAGGGCAGGAGGUGGAGGCGGAAUGUCCGCAAUGCAGAGGAGCCACAGCAGUCAUGCGCUGGGACAGCUGCGCACGCUCGCACCUGCGCCGUCGAUUCCGGAGUCGACGCUGCCGUCCUUCUCGAGGUUGAUGCCGUUGGAGCAGACCUCGUCGAGGCUUGGGCCGUCGGGGGGCAAUCUUCAGCCAAAGCUGUCUGACCUGCAGAACCUGACAUCCAGGCCCAUCAUGCCGGCCUUUGGAAUGCGGAGAGUUCACAGCGCCGGGGACAUUCAGACGUUGAAUGGCAUGCAUGUUGCAAUGGGAGGUUUGCACUCCCUCGGCGACAGAGGUGCCCUCGAGGAUGGGUUUAGAAUUGGCAGGUAUACGAUGGAGGAGCGCAAGAAGAGGAUAAACAGAUAUCGUCAAAAGAGAUCAGAGCGCAAUUUCAACAAGAAGAUUAAGUAUGCCUGUCGGAAGACCUUGGCAGACAGUCGACCUCGAGUUCGAGGAAGGUUUGCCAGGAACGAUGAGGUGGAAGUCGGGGCGAAAGCAGCGCCAGCUAAGGGGCAAGAGGAUGAGCACCACGAGGACGAGGAGGGAGAUGAAGAUGAUGAGAGCCCAGACAUGCUAGUGGAUGAAGAGCUGGAUGAUGAUAUCUUGUUGGGGCCUGAAUCUGAGUUUACGGAUUUGCUAAAUCUCCCGACUUUCAAGUUUGACUGUGGGAGAACAACAAGCGUAUAAAGAAGAGUACAUAGCGAGGAGUGAGGAGUGGUUGGUCUUCCGUCCCCCGUCACGAUCAUGGUCAUUGCACAGUGGCUUGGCGGUUUGGCGGCAGUAUGUGCUCAGUCGAAGGAGAAGAAGAGGCUGGGACGGAGCAACGGAUGAAGGUGUAUGGUUAGAGAAAGCUUGGGGGCAAUUUGCGACUGCCGAUUCGGAAGGGUUUGUGACGAAAAGAUGACGAGUCAGGAGAUGGAGUGAAAUGUAUCAUUCACUCAUUUCAUGUCUCCGUUCGGAGCGAAAAGGUAAGGGGCACACACAGCUUGUUUCUUCCUCUGUAUGUAGCUGUCAUGAUCACCAUGCUGAUGAUCAUGGCCUUAUUUAGGAAAGUUCGAUUUUUUUUUUUUUUUUUUUUUUUUUUUGGCGUUCUGUGGACUUCUCCCCUUAGCUAGUCCUAUUUGGAAGAGUGUGGGAGACAGUUAGGAUAGAGGACGGAGGGAGAUGUUGGUGCAAAUAAAGAUGUUAACGUUUUCGCAGUUUGGUUGUGAUGAAUUUCAUGAAACCUUCCUAUAUAUGUACAUAAUUUGAAAUGUGGAGUAAGCGGAUGCCUCGCUUCAGAAAGGCCUAAUACGUCGUUGGUAUAAGAAGUCAUCGGGCCACGGAUUGUGGCUCGAUUCGGGAGUGAUUGAUGCACAGACGAUCGUGCCAGGAUGAUCCGUCGUGAGCUAUCGCCAGCUCAUGCAUGAGAGAUAAUGUCACUCAUCUCGGUGUUGUUACGCAGCCUGUUGAUUUUAGUGAUUGCAACGUCUUAUCAGAUCGUGUCGUUUGGCUCUAUCAGAUGCAGUCAUCGUGCAAGGAGACCCCUUCCAUCCUGCAAGCGGAUGCUAGGGAAAGUGGCGUAAGUGGAGAAGAGGCAGUGAGGAGAGGUGAGAGGGCACUGUGUGUUUUCCCGUAAGGAUGGUUAAUGGCUGGCAGAUUGCAACGGAGUCUGUGGAGGUUGUUCUCUCCUCUGGUGUGAAAGCCACAGAGGAGAUGGGAAGAGCACCAGUGGCAGGAUGGUUUCUUGUAGGAUGGUCAUUGGAGUGCUCGUGUAGGGAUUGAUGAAUGGGAGCACUCAGACUGGCAUUUUCAAACCCAGGUUUUAUUCACUUGUUGUAAGUACUACCAGCUCACCAGUCUGUACCUCGUGAUGGGAUUGUGGAAAGACAGGCGUGAAAUAUGACGUCCUGUGUAUAUUUGCUUGCACAUUUCUGCGUAGUGGCUUGGUGUUCUUAAACACGCGUGUGUAUGUGUGUGAAUGUGUGAAUGUGUGUGUGUGUGUGUGUGUGUGUGUGUGUGCUCUUGAGAGAGAGAGAGAGAGAGGUGGGCAGACAGAGAGAUGGAGAGGUGGGCAGACAGAGAGAGAGAGAGAGAGGUGGGCAGAGAGAGAGAGAGAGGUGGGCAGUGAUGUGUGGUUGAAGAAGACCAGGGAUUGUGUUGGUGGUUAGAGGGUGUGAACACUGUGAAGCGAGGUGAAUGUGUGGUUUGGAAAUUCAGGGGUACAUGGGACUAUAACUCAGGGGUUGAUGAGGGAUGGGACCGCAAGCAAAAGCCUGGGUGAUCCGAAGUGGUGAUAUGUGUAGGCAGGGGUGAGAUGGUGGUGCAGGCUCGUGAAGUGGCUGAGUUGCAAGAUGGAUUUGUGAUUGGUAGUAAUUCUUAAAUGAUGGCUUCUUCAAGUUGUUGCUGGUCUUCCAAAACAUUUCCAGGCUUGGAUAGAGGGUUGGGCGGACGGUGGCUGUGUUAAGCAGGAGUAAAGUCUCUCACGGCCAGAUGAUGCAAUGCACGGUAGACCUAGUGUCCUUUAGGACGAACAACGAAUUGCUUCUAAUUGUUGUAGUGAACCCUGAGUCCUUCGUGCUCUGUUCAGGAAAUCUCAGGGAAGCUUCAGGGAAGCUUCAGGCAACUAUUGCCACGUGUUGUUGCUUCUCGUCUUUCCUAUUGCCUUG